AUGGCUGAACCCACGCAGUCCGACAACACAGCCAACCAAGAUGCAGUUGAUGUCGUGAGCACACCAAAGGCGAACGUUGAUCCGAGCUCAUCCCCGCUAGCAUCAACCCAGAAGCGGUCGGCUGACGACGCCGGCAUCGACGAUGAUGACUCAGGAUCCACAAGCCAGCAGAGUCCAAAGGAAGACGAGAGCACGCACGAUGUAGGAGACGACAAGGCAUCCGAAGCUUUGGCCCAAGCCAAGAGGGUCAAGCGGGGGAGCCCAAGCGGUACCCUAGGUUCUCCCAAGCCACACGUGGGAUGGAAUCGCGGGGUUACGAACAACUUGCGCACUUCUUUCGGUGGCGGCUUCAGCAGACUGAACACAUUGCGAAAGCCCCCUACAGCUCCCGCAUCGCAGAAUGAGCAGGACGCAACCCCUCAGCUUAAGGAGGAGCGAAACGCGAAGUUCGAGGAAGGCUCUUCGUCCGCUAGUCGGCCAGAUGCCCCGGCUUUGUCUACGAAAGAGAUCAAGGAGGUUCAAACAAUAAAGUUGACUCAAGUUCAGACAGUGCCGCAGGACGACCAGCGGUCCUUGACAGCCCCAGAAUCAGUUCAAGAGGCCCUGCAGUUUUCGCAGGCUCCUACGGCAACCACAGCAACCUCUACGACAAGCCAGGAAGCAGCGGCAUGGAUACAACCCCCGCCCAGGCCGGCCGUGGACUUUGAGAACAUCCGCAACAAAGACCAGCAAGGUUGGGAGGGUAUCUUUCUUUCUUGGUGCAAGUCUCUCAAUUAUUUCAACAACAACUCCAUCCGUGCUAGUACUGCGCGUGAGCGCCAUCGCAUUCUCGAGACCUACUUCACUUGGGUCGGUUCUAUCCAAGGCAUUUCCAAAGCCAAAGCAUCCUCUGCGCGCCGCGCUGCAGUCGAGUUCGCGCAAUCUCAUCAGGAACAACUCGCCGAGUGGUUUUUGCAAACCUCGACUCCUGAGAUCGAGCCCACCAUGGGGUCUCUUGACGAACCCAAGGGCCCCGAGGCCAUCGAGAACGGCGCUGAUACCGUUAAUAACCAGGCUUCCCUCACCAACGCCACAAUCACCGACAUGGAGAUUGAGCACCGCGCACACUACUUCCCGGGAGCCGAGAUCCACGAAACCUUCUGCAUUGUCUGCGCCUCCUCCGGUCACUCGUCCAACCACUGUCCCGAAUUGACCUGCAAGCACUGCCAGGCCGACUGGCACCGGCCCUGGCAAUGCCCGACGCGCCAGCGCUGCGGCAAGUGCAAGCAGCUGGGCCACCAUAAGAGACAGUGCCGGGAGAAGCUCAUCCUGCCCGUCGACGAGCGCGACUGCGCCCAUUGCGCGUCGCGCGACCACCAAGACCACCAGUGCCCGACUCUGGUCAAGAGCUUCAUCGUCCGCGAAGGCGAAGAGUCCCGCCUUCGCAAAGUCCAGGCCGUGCCCAUUUACUGCUAUUCGUGCGGCGCCAAGGGCCACUACGGCCCCGAAUGCUGGGUGAACCGCAACCAGCCCAGGAACGCUGACCCCUGGGCCGCCUCCUACAGCGUGGCCAACGCCGCGCGGUACGUCGACCCGGCUUCGACCGAGAUCGCUGUCGCAUACCAAAGCGCGAGGGGCUCGACCCAGCCCCAGGAGGAUGAUGCCGGCCGCCCCAACCUCGGUCACUCCAUUGUGCCUCAACGGCACAUUGUUUUUGAGGACGAUGAGGACGAUGACGAGGACGAGGGGUUCAUCCGGCCCCUCGUCUCGAGGAACCAGCCCGGGGCCGGCAACCGCGCUGGCCAGAUCAGGAUCGCUGGGACUGCCAGUGCCGGCGGCAGGGGCACUGCCGGGCUGCCGCCGCGCCCGCCCCAUCCGGCUCAACAGCAGCUAGGCCAGCAGCAUGGCGGCGGCGGCGGCAGCCGGAAGAAGCGCCGGGGUGGCCGUUAG